AUGGAUGCAGGCAUUAUAAAGAACUUGAAGUUUCACUAUAGGCGAUUGUUGAUGAAGAAGCGAUUGCUCUGCUACGAAACGGAAACGCCAUUUGCAAUUAACGUUCUUCACGCUUUAGAGUGGCUAAAAAUAGCAUGGGAAUCGGUUGAUGCUCAAGUCAUUCGCAAUUGCUAUUGCCACGCAGGAUUUCGCCGCGUGGGUGAAGGAGUGGAAGAGCCGCGUCUUCCGCAUUCCUUUCCGCUUUGGAGCAACGCAGAGGAUGCUGGUCUCACACAAGGGAUUGACUGGACCGAAUUCGUUGACGUAGACCAAUGUGUUGCUGUGGGGCCUAGCAGUGAGGGAGACUCCGUUAAUGAUAUUUUAGACACAGUCUUUCCAGAAACAAGAGAACCACUCAAUGAAAGCACUAGCUCUGACGAAGAUGUCAAAGAAAUUGAUACUUCUCCUCCACCAUCGUUCAAAGAGGCUAUGACAAGCAUUGGAUCAGCAUUGGACUAUCUUCGGACAAUUCAAGGGUCAGAGGCAGAGUGCCUGAAAUUGGCAAAUAUUCGUGAGUAUAUGGUGGACCAAUACUUCAAAAACCAAAAGCAACAGCGCAUUGAACAGUACUUUAAACCCAUAAAUGAAAACUAGAUUGCUCGCGAGUUGAUAUAUUAAACUAAAAUAAAUGUCAAACCUGUUAGUAAGCCUCUAUAAGGCAUUUACUGUGCGUAAACGUGUACAUUGGGUUCAACGACACAUCGCAAAUAACGACCUAAAUAUUAUGCCCUUUCAGAUGUCGCUAAAUGUGAGGUUGACUGUAUCGCUCAAAAAUAUUUUUGCUCGAUAAUAAAGGACAAUGGCCCUUAGUAUUCAUCACAAGGGUUAGCAGUUUUGCAACAGCGCAUGCAUUUCUCCCAUCAAACAAGUAGCCCGUAACUCGAAAAGUAAUGGUUGGCUGAAAGAGCUGUAAGAACAAUCCGUAUGACCCACACAUGGCACUAAUUGCAUACAACCGUAAUGGCACCACAUCAAAGAGUGCAGAGGCGAGCUUUAAUGCCAAAUAGAAGAAACACCAUGAGUGACGUCACAGUGUAAGGGAGUCUCCUGCCUUACCUGAUGAUGCUACAGUAUGGAUCAACAUAGAGUAACCUCGUCAAGGAACGGUGGCAACUCGACACACUAGUCCUAGAUGAGAUCUCCCAUGAGACAUAUGAGACGAAACUGAUGAGACUUGAGGAUCCUUCCCACCUUUACCUCCAAGGAUGACAACAUUGAGAGCAACAACCAGCCUGGACGUAUGUAGGCAAGAUUGCAAACCGACGUAGACAAGAUUCUAAACCGGACUGCUCUAGCGGAAAGUUUGAAGGUGGAGAGGAAUGUCAGCAUUUGGAGGGAGUUGCAGCGGUGGACGGAAGAGGUCGAGGAAGGGAAAAGGUGGUAUGAAAUGUAAGUAAAAACAUCUGACUGUUUUUGUUUGUUUGCUGUUGUUAUUGUGUGUGUGUGUGUGUGUGUGUGUGUGUGAGAGAGAGAGAGAGAGAGAGAGAGAGAGAGAGAGAGAGAGAGUAGGUGCGAAAGAAUUCUUUAGUUUUAUAUACUGCACUUUCUAGAAACGUAGAUCGUUGUACGUUUAGGCCAACCCCGCCUAAAACCGGCUGGACUGAAGAGAAGAAGUUUGUAAUAAUUAUAUAAUACAGUUGGCGGGCAAGGUAACAGUAAUUAUAUGUAUUUGUAGCAGAUUACUUGAAUUAGAAGCACACCACCCCGACUGUGAAGACGUUAAAGUCACCUUACCACCCUUUCAACACACACGUCCUGUCGGCGCCCAUCUACCCCGUCACCUUCCCGACAACUCUACACCUCUCGACCUUUUUUCGCUGUAUUUCGACGACAACAUCCUUCAGAAGAUAGUGGCCUGGACGAACAGCAAGGGACGGCAUAGAAAAGCAACGGAGAAGAGCUUCCAAUGGCAGCACGACA